GAAGCGGAGUGUGUGUACGUGCCUUUCACCUCGUUCUCGCUCUCCUCCAACCUACAUGAGCCCAGAGCAGGCGGAAGAGAUGCUCCACUAACAGACCAGACAAGACCUACUCUGUGACAAAAGGUACCUAAGGAGUUUAAAGAUAUGAGGGGAUUUUUUCAAAUGUUAAGAAAGAAAAAAGAGCUGAUCCCACUGAUCGGUUUCAUGACUUUAGCUGCAACAGGAGCCACUACGGCUUCUAUCUACUUUCUUCUCACCAAAUCUGACGUCAUUUUAAAUAAGACCUCCAAUCCAGAACCAUGGGAGAGAGUGGAUCCAACCACGCCCCAAAAGCUUUUCACCAUCAAUCAGCAGUGGAAGCCAGUGGAGGAACUGGAGUUGGUGAAGCGUCUCACCAAAUAAAAAGCAAUGACGUGUUGCAAGAGGCCUCGGUUGUGCAGUUGGACGGUUGGAUUACAAUCAUCCAUCAGGAGAUCGCGACAGCGUGAACGCCUGGCAAACAAAGACAGAUUUUAGCAAAUAUUUAGACCAGUGAUUCUCAAACUGCGGUACUGGUACGCCAAAGAAGUCUGUAAAUAGGUACUGUAGAUGGAGUGUCAUUGUAGAUGUUUGUGCAUUGUGGGUAAAGUUACAGUGUCCAAAAUAUUAAAUAAGUUGUUAAAUAAAACCUCUGCCUUGUUUUUAAUACAUUCUUAGGCCUACUACGCUACUGUAUUAUAAUGUUGGUCAUUAUGGUGGUACUUGGCUAGCCAGGUUUUUACUGAGGUGGUACUUGGUGAAAAAAGUUUUAGGGCUUUGGUCUUAAAUGUCUGAUGAACAAUCUGAAUUCGAAUUCACUUUUCUAUCAAAUGUUCUAUUUUUUUUAUCUUAUUUAUGUAUUUAUGUAGUUUUCCCAUUACGUUAAGUCAAUUUAGAUGUGUACUGAUUAUGUUUUUAUAGCUAGUGACAUUUUGAGGUUUGGAGGGUUCAAUUUGAUUAGCAACUCAGAAAAUGAAACCCUAAUGUGUCACAAAAGCCUGCUGGCAAUCCACCAGUGCACAAUUCAUUUGAAGGUUUUUUUCAGGAGUGCGCCACUUUAUUAAUUGUCAGGAUGUGUAGCAGGAACCCAGGUUGAAAGACAGGAAAUAUUUGUGUUCAAAGAACAAUGUCUUUAUCAGGUCAAGGCACAGCAGGGAAAAUAUAAUAGUCCAACCAACCCUCAAUGCUUAAUUGGAAAAAGAAAAAAAAACAUGAACUGAAGGCAAAGCAAGAUGCUGGAAAAUAAGGAGCAAAACAAAAAGCCAGUUAAAAAGUUCACAUCAAUGAAAACCAAAAACUCAGGUUACUCUUGUAUUUAUAUCACAGGUGUUUGUUCUAUAGCGGAAUUAAAUAAACUGAGUGAAUCUAUUUGUCAGUCUUCCACUCUCUUUGUCUCUGUGGGUGAAAGGGAGUGCGGGGGCUACUAUACACACACAAAGAAGUUGUGCCCUGUAAACAAGGUAACGCCGUAGAAAUGAUCCAUAUUACACCCAGAAUUGAAUCACUUGUUUCUUAUCCCAUUGUUGACAUUUCCUGGAAGUUUCAUCUAAAUAAGCCCAUAACUUUUACAGGCAGACAAACAAAUUCUUCCCUCAAAAUAACCCAAAAAAUUAAAAUGUUUAAUUUUUUUACGUGAACCACUUAAAAGGCAAUAACAUAGCAUUUAGAUAAAAAGGAUGAAUAAUUAUAGAAUUCAUUGAUCACCUGUGUGAUCCAUUAUACUACAAAGGCAACAUCAGUAUGAAUUCAAUGAGUCAACUACAUGAACCACUACAAUACCCACGGUUAGAAAUAGUAGUUUUUAUGUUUUAGUUUUGUGAACCACUACUAUACCAAACGUUAGAUAAUAUAUUUAGUCUUUAUGCGUUAGCUUUGUGAACCAUUACAAUACCAAUGUUUAGAUAAUAUACAGUAUAUUGUCAAAAGUAUUUGGCCACCUGCCUUGACUCACAUAUGAAGGGGCCCGCUCCAAACUGUUCCCACAAGGUUUGGACCAUGGAAUUGUCCAGAAUGUUUUGGUAUCCUGGAUCAUUCAAAGUUCCUUUCACUGGAACUAAGGGGCCAAGCCCAACUGCUGAAAAACAACCCCACACCAUAAUUCCUCCUCCACCAAAUUUCACACUCGGCAUAAUGCUGUCCGAAAUGUAUCGUUCUCCUGGCAACCUCCAAACCCAGACUCGUCCAUCAGAUUGCCAGAUGGAAAAGCGUGAUUCAUCAGUCCAGAGAACGCGUCUCCACUGCUCUAGAGUCCAGUGGUAACAUGCUUUACACCACUGCAUCCCACGCUUUGCAUUGGACUUGGUGAUGUAUGGCUUAGAUGCAGCUACUCGACCAUGGAAACCCAUUCCAUGAAGCUCUCUGCGUACUGUACGUGGGCUAAUUGGAAGGUCACAUGAAAUUUGGAGCUCUGUAGCAACUGACUGUGCAGAAAGUCGGCGACCUCUUUGCACUAUGCGCUUCAGCAUCCACUGGCCCUCUUUCUGUC